UUGACAAGUUUUUAAUUAUAAUCUGUGCAGUGAUGUGAUGCUGUUAUCGUUCGUUUCGGUGGCAAAUAAAAAUUGUUAUUUUUAAGUAAUAUUUUCUCGUAAUAUGUCUAAGAACUAAGUGUUAAUAAUAUACUUGUUAUCUAUAAAUAUUGUACAUAAUGGAUGAAAAAGAAGAGUUGCAUCUAACCUCUCAAGAAUUACAAGUUUUAUCAGAACUUGACAGUCGGCAAUUUGGAUUUCUGAAGCUGCGUGGUAGUGAGCAUGUCAGAACACGGGCUUUGGUACUCAAGGCAGUCAAAUAUUUGGAAGGAAUGUUGGUACAAGUUAAGGAAGAGGAAAGAGCUUGUUCACCGGGCGCUAGAAGAGACAUCUGUAUUGAUCCAAAAACAUACUGUAAAUUGGGACAUUUUCAUUUACUAUUAGAAGACUAUGCAAAAGCAAUGUCAGCAUAUCAGAAGUUCUAUGCUUUGGAGCCAGAUAACUGGAAGGAUCCAUUGUUCCUCUAUGGCCUAGGACUCUGCUACUACCAUUACAAUGCUUUCGAAUGGGCAACGCGGGCGCUGCAGAUGGCGCUGUACGUGUCGCCGGGGUUCUCGCGCGCGGCGGACGCGCACCUGCGGCUGGCCCUCAUGUUCAAGGCUCGCCGGCACUGGGCCGCGGCCGCCGCGCACUUCCGUCGCGCGCGCCUCGCCCCUCACCAGGACGCUACCUUCACCCGCCUCGAGCUCAGCUUCCACGCCGCUCACCUCCUUGAAGCUAGAGGACUGCGCAAAGCCGCCAGAGACGCCUAUGAACGCCUUCUCAAGGAACCACAACUCUCUUCCUCGUUGAAAGCAGACGUUUGCAGGCAGUUAGGUUGGCUUUAUCAUCGGUGCGUAUCAUUGGGCGAGGCGCCGGCGCGCGCGCGUGCCGCCGUGUGGUGCUUGCAGCGCGCGGUGGCCGCAGAGCCGGACUCCGGUGCUGGUCUCUACCUACUGGGGCGGUGCUUUGCCGCGCAGGGCAAAGUGCACGACGCCUUCAUCGCGUACAGGAACUCGGUCGAGAAGUCCGAAGGGAAUGCCGAUACAUGGUGCUCUAUAGGAGUGCUGUAUCAGCAACAGAAUCAGCCGAUGGAUGCUCUGCAAGCGUACAUUUGCGCGGUGCAGCUGGACAAGGGGCACUCGGCUGCGUGGACGAAUCUCGGCAGCUUGUACGAAAGUUGCCAGAUGGCGCGCGAUGCUUUCGCGUGCUAUAGCAACGGCGGGCCGGCCGCGGUGGGCGCGCACGCGCCGCUGCGGCAGCGCCUCGCCUUCCUGCGCGCACACCUCGCCCACGCGCCCAUGCCCUCCGUCACUGGCAAACGACGUCAGUUGCCGUCUAUAGAGGAGGCGUGGAAUCUGCCGAUAUCAGCGGAAAUGUCCUCCCGCGCGCCGAAGUCCGCGCCGCCGCCCUACCCCGGCAAGAGGGCUGAGGACGCGCCGCCCCUCACGCACCAGCAGCUGCAGACGCUGCAGUACCUGCAGAGGAACUCUCACAACCUCUCCCCGCAGCAACAAGCGCUGAUGCAACAAUUACUAUCGCAGUACCGACUGGCACAGGCGGCGAGAGCGCGUGCGGUAACGAAGACUGAAAGUAGUGCUGGUAGCGGCGGCGAGAGCGCGGAGUCUCUCGCUGAGGAUCUGCUCAAGAAGUUCUCUGACCCACAGACUGAUAUCAAGAAAGAACCUGCCACAACAGAGAGCAGCGCCGGGGGCGGGGGCGGGGGCGGCGCGAUGAUAACAGGGGGCGGGGUACAGCGUUCUGGAGGCGGGGUAAAGUGCUCAGAAGACGGGGAAGUGUUCAGGGGGGGAGCAUUCAGAGGAAAGGGUAAAGUACCGAAACGGAGUAUAGCGCUUUUAGUCGGCGAGGUACAGUGUGCUGUGGGCGGGGUACAGUGCCUGGGGGCGGGGUACAGCGCUCAGGGGGCGGGUACAGUGCUCAAAGCGGUUUGUAGCAUUUUGGGGGUGGGGUACAGCGUUCAGAGGGCGGGGUGCAGUGCUUAA